AGGUAUAAAAGAGGCAAAGUCUGAACCGAGAACCCUGCUCAGAGAACCAAAAAAUUGAAGGAAAAAUCUCAAUCAAAAAGGGAAAAAACGCAGAAAAGUCAAGUAUUUCCAGGGUUUCCUCCCUCAUAUUUCUCCAACCUUUGUCGAUCUAGGAUUUCUCGAAGCUCUUCUCGUACUCAUCGUGAUCCCAGCCUCGAUCUGGCCAUGGCGUCCAACCUCGCUCGCUUGGUUCGUCGACCCGCGGCCACGUAUUUCCUGUUGAGAAGUUACAGGCAUGUGAAGAACUUCAGCCAUAUUCCAGGUGCCAAGAUACCUAUAAACUCGAAGCCAAGGAGGGAAUUUAUUAAGUUUUUUCAGAAGGACUCUCCAUAUCAUGCUUGGAGCAGGUCGUUUUCUUCAGAUAACGGUGAUAUAUUUGAUGCUGUGGUUCCAUUUAUGGGCGAGUCUAUAACUGAUGGAACUCUCUCUACAUUCUUAAAGAAACCUGGUGAUAGGGUUGAAGUUGAUGAACCGAUUGCCCAGGUGGAAACUGACAAGGUGACUAUUGAUGUUGCCAGCCCUGAAGCCGGAAUAAUUGAAAAGUUUGUAGCCAAUGAAGGUGACACUGUGAUGCCAGGGACUAAGGUUGCUGUCAUCUCAAAGUCUGCUUCAGCUGUUACCCAUGUUGCCCCAUCAGAGGAGCCAGACAAAAGCGCCGCACAACCGUCUCCUCCUGCAGUGAAGGAAACAGAUAAAUCAAAGGCAAAAGUAGAAGAUGCUGCCAAAGAGAAGCCUAAAGAACCUUCUGCUGUGCCUACUCGAGCCUCUGCUUCUGUUAUCUAUUUGUUUUCUUUUCAGGUUCCAAUGGGGCGACUCAGGAAACGAGUAGCUGCACGCCUGAAGGACUCUCAGAACACAUUUGCAAUGCUAACUACAUUUAAUGAAGUUGACAUGACAAACCUGAUGAAACUUCGUUCUGAUUACAAGGAUGCGUUUGUUGAGAAGCACGGAGUGAAAUUGGGGUUCAUGUCAGGCUUUAUUAAAGCAGCGGUUAGUGGACUGCAGAAUCAGCCAAUCGUUAACGCGGUCAUUGAUGGUGAAGAUAUCAUAUAUAGAGAUUAUAUAGAUAUCAGUGUUGCUGUUGGCACCGCCAAGGGCCUCGUGGUGCCAGUUAUUCGCGAUGCUGAUAAGAUGAACUUUGCCGAAAUAGAGAAAGAGAUCAAUACUCUAGCUAAGAAGGCCAACAACGGAACAUUAUCUAUUGAUGAAAUGGCUGGAGGCUCCUUCACUAUCUCAAAUGGUGGAGUCUAUGGAAGCCUUCUAAGCACUCCAAUUAUCAAUCCCCCACAGUCAGCCAUUCUAGGUAUGCACUCCAUUGUGUCCCGGCCUAUAGUUGUCAACGGUCAGGUUCUUCCAAGGCCGAUGAUGUACGUUGCGUUGACCUACGAUCAUAGAUUGAUUGAUGGAAGAGAGGCCGUCUUCUUCCUGAGACGGAUCAAGGAUGUAGUUGAAGAUCCUCGUAGGCUCCUCCUUGAUUUAUAAGCUCGCGGCUACUCAUUUAUCCAUGCUGAGUCUCUUUUGCACAUCGAAAUAAUCUCUGGUAGCUUUUUUCCUUUUGCUACCUUUGAGUACUAUGUCAUGAUUCUCGGCCACAUCAUAUUUGUAGUGGAUAUUUCAUGAGGUCUGUUCUUCGCAUUUGAGAUAUCGAAAUAUAUAGUGCUUCAAAGAGAGGCAAAACACCAUUUUGUUUGUCCUGUAUCGUAGGAGAUUUAUAUACAUGCAAUAUCCGUCGCCACAUAAAUUUUGCUGCUUUAGCAUUCUUGAUGUUAUGCUAUGCUCUUAUUUUGCAUAAGUUGUUCUAUUGUUAAGUGAUAAUUUUUCA